AUGAGUCGGAGAGGAUUGGAAAUCGAUUUGGGCUCUCAGAUCUCGUCGGAGUCGUUUCCUUGUGCCAAAACCAAGACACAGAAGUACAAUGCGAACCCGAUUUGGAAUCAGGGUCUAAUAUUCAACAAUUAUUUCCCUCCACUGACUCACACACUUCGAGUAAAUGUGCGUAACUCGGGGAUCAAGGGCGAAUUGAUUGCGACGCAUGUAAUCAAUUUGAAGCAAAUUAUGCUACAAGGUGCUUCUGGUAAGUUGACGGUAGCCGGCAAAAAGAACAUCUAUUUCCUGUUCGCCUCCAUAUUUGAUGCGACUGUGAUCGACAAAGCUCUGGGCUCGAAAAACAAGCCAAUUUCCUUCGAACUCAGUAUUGGUGUUUUCGGAAACAAACUUGACGGGAAGCGAGGUGGAAUUGAAGACCUUCCCCUGGAAUUCGCCAAGGCCGACGACCGACGAGAACGGGUAGACUGGAAUGAAAGUACCACGGAUCCAAUGUUGCCCAAAGCGGAACACAAGGACUACUACUAUUUGGACUUCCAAGGCGAAAAACCCAACAUGUAUUUGAUCAGUUACUUUGAAGAUCAUCGGUCGCGAAUGUGUAUACCGAACAUUUUGGAACGUUUAAGGGACUAUCUGAACCGACAAGCUCGACGCUAUUUCAAGUACUUUAUGCGUCAUCUGGAGAAACACUUGCUGCUUGUGAUUCAAGACGUGAACGGGUGUCGUGGAACUGCUUCCCGAACCAAGCUGGAUGUGGAAUACUCGCGACGUGUGCGUCGCGAUUUAAAACGGCUCUCGUUCGAAGUGGUUCGGUUAACAACGGUUCACGGUCGUGAUCUGGGUUGGCGAGCGCGUGAGCUGAACACCAUAAUUCGACAUGUGGAGGAGUUGAUGGAAACGCCACAAGACGCGCUACCGGACGUGUUUAUUUCCAUGAUCAUGGACGGACAGCGAGUCGGAUUUGCACGAAUCCCGGCCCGGGACAUUUAUUACUCCGUGGUCGAUUCGGAACGGGGCAAAUGGAACGGUCAAAUUUCGACAGUCUACGUCAGAAAACAAGGUCGCGAGGGUGUCGGCGAAAAGGGUUGGAAAAUCCAAUGCCAACUGCAAAUAUUCAUGUGGCUGAGUCUGCUCAAAGAUUACACAACAUUCCAUCAAUACAUCCCAUAUGGAGUUCGGAAAAGCUGUUUGGAACAAGGACGGCCUCCAAAAGCCCUGAUGUACGACCGCACAAGCAUGUUCGAAUUGCGCUGCUACAUUUUCAUUGCUCGAAAUUUGCUCGCCUCGGACGAUACCGGUUUGUCUGAUCCGUUGGCUCGUGUAAUAAUCAAAGAGCAUGUGUUGGAGACUCAGCCGCUGUACCAGACUAUGAGCCCGAUGUGGGACGUGUUGUUACACAAGAAGGUACUUUUCCACCAGGAUCCGGAGUCAGUGAAGAAGAAUUUGCAGGAGGUGGUGGUUGAGGUGUUUGACGUUGAUCCUGGGAACGAGUUGGAAUUCUUGGGUCGUUGUUUCUGCGAAGCACAAGUGUUUAUUGACCGAGAUCAGUAUACGCCUCCGCGACUACAGUGGUGGCCCAUAUAUCGGGGUCAGACACCGGCCGGGGAGUUAUUGGCUGCGUUUGACCUUAUUCAGCUCAAUACUAAAGUUCCAUUCGAAGGUCUACCCAGUUUUGCCGAUCUGGCUAUUUAUACAAAAGAGUUUGACAAUCGUGUAAUUCUGAAAAGUAUCCCGGGAAUGGUUCUGGACGACGAUGACGAUUUGAAUCGCGAGUCGACAGACGAGGAAGAGGAGGAUGAGGAGAGUGAUGAUGAUGAUGAUAUGUACUUCGAUGUGGACACGAUUGUGACCGGUGGGGAAAAACCGAAAAGUAAACGAAAGCCGAUCAAACUGGGCCUGGCUCCGCCCCCGUUGGUAAUCAAGCGCCGUGAGGAGGACUAUCGCAUUCCGGACACAAUUCGUCCCCCACUGCAACGUUUCCGAGUAGAAGUGUGGAAGAUCACUCUGUUUACAAUUGUAGAUGUUGGUGUCGGAGAAUUUGAAGUGGAGAACGUUCAUAUCAUUGGUUUAGUUUGA